AUGUCAGCCGCGUUUCGCAGAGUUGUUGCAGCUGCAGCCUUUUCGGCUGGGACGUUGGUGGUGCUGGCUGAAACUCGGCAGUUUGCCACCGUGCCCUUGCUUGGAGGGUCGGCGGACUGGGGCUUUUCCAGUUGGCGCGCCAUCACGGACCAAGUGCGGGGUGGCGUGUCCACCGCAGCGCUGGAGCCGUGCGCGGCGGGAGCCACGUUUACGGGCAAUUUAGAUCCUUCCAAGUUGAGCGCUGGAUUUGCUGGCAUGAAUCUGGAUGUGAAAGUCCUUCCCGUGUCCUUCUCUGACCUAGAUGGAUUAAAGUUGGGCGUGCUGGAUGCGGACGGGCGUGAGUACACCUUGCUGUUGAAGAUGAAGGGUGGAGAAUCAGGAUCUUCAUAUCAAGUGCGCUUUGUGCCGCAGAAGCAGACCGAAUUUGAGGCGUUGUUUGAAGAUUUCGCUGCAUACCGACGUAGCAGACCAGAUGCCAGCGCGCCUUCACUUGACAAAUCUCAGAUUGAAACGCUGGCCAUUCAGAUUGCGAGCAACUUUACUCAGCAAUCCGGCCGGUUUCAACUUGAAUUGCAGAGUAUCGCAGGACUGAAGUCUGAGGCCCAAAGGAAUUUGGCGUGA